UUGUCCAAACACUUUCCGGAUUUAUUUUUGAGGUAAUUGCGAUAUGGAUAAUGUUUUACAGAAUUAACAGAUAACUUUUAUGGAAUGUCUCGAGAAAUUGGAAAACGAAUGAAAACAAGAUGAUUUAGAAAAAAAUGUCCGAACAUAAACCUUGCAAAAAAACUGAGUUUUAAAAAACAGAUAUCACAACCUUCUUUAACACAUUUACACACAACAACCCUACCCAAGUACACACAUCCAAACACCAUGCCACAACCACCCUUGCACCCGCUCUUCCCAACAAACCCCCUCCAAACCCGGCACCUCCCCUCCGCACACACAAUCCUCCCAACCCAACCCUGCAAACACAAAACACCCGUAACAGGAUCCAAUCCAACAUUAUGCAGGCUAUGUCGUGUGGAAGGGUUGUUGAAGAGUGUGGCUUGUAAAGUUUCUGAGCGAAAGGUUUAUGGGCCUAUCAAGUAUGUGGCUCCGUCAGUACAAGAUUGUGAAAGGCCUAGUCCGUCGUUUUCGGCUCUUCGAAAUCAACUUGUUACGGUUUCUUGUCAUUGUGCGAGUUUGAAACCUGCUGGUGUGGAUAAGGUACGGAGGGAAUUAGAUUGUGGGCUGGUUGCAUGGGAUGAUGUUGGGAGGGAGGUCAGGCAUUGGAUGAGGUAUCAUGAUUGACAUAAACAAGAGUAUGGGUUCGCAAGUCUAUCAUUUUUGGAUAUAUCUUGUAAGAGGGUUUUGUAAUAGACAUGGUGCGUCGGAUGGUCGUUCAACUGUCCAAGAAGAAAGUGGCCAAAGUGUUACUGGCAUCUAACUGACAAAUAAAUGGCAACGCUAGC